GGGGUUGCGGCGUCAUCGCCGCGCGCCGCGGCAGCGGGAGGGAAGCCGCGGUGAGGCGGCCGAGGCGCGGCGGCCGGAGCGAUGCCGGGGCAGAAAUCCUUCCGGCGGCGCAGGGAGGACGAGGACGAGGAGGAGGAGGACGAGCAGCUCGCCGAGGAGGUCAGGUUAAAACUUGAGGAGGCCAAAGAAGUUCAGAGCCUCAGAAAGCGGCCCAAUGGGGUGAGUGCUGUAGCUCUGCUGGUGGGAGAGAAGCUGCAGGAAGAAGCCACCCUUGUGGAUGACCCAUUUAAGAUAAAAUCUGGGGGGAUGGUGGACAUGAAGAAGCUGAAAGAAAGAGGCAAGGACAGGAUUAAUGAAGAGGAAGAUCUGAACUUGGGAACUUCCUUCUCAGCAGAAACCAACAGGAGGGAUGAAGAUGCUGACAUGAUGAAGUACAUUGAGACUGAGCUGAAGAAGAGAAAGGGAAUUGUGGAGAACGAGGAGCAGAAGGUGAAGCUUAAGAAUGCUGAGGACUCCCUGUACGAGCUGCCAGAGAACAUCCGUGUCUCCUCUGCCAAGAAGACUGAGGAGAUGUUGUCCAACCAGAUGCUGAGCGGCAUUCCUGAAGUGGACCUGGGGAUCGAUGCAAAAAUAAAAAACAUCAUCUCAACUGAAGAGGCCAAGGCCAAGCUGCUGGCAGAGCAGCAGAACAAAAAGAAAGACAGUGAAACUUCCUUUGUUCCCACCAACAUGGCUGUUAAUUAUGUCCAGCACAAUAGAUUUUAUCAUGAGGAGCUGAAUGCGCCAGUGCGAAGGAACAAGGAGGAGCCAAAGCCGCGGCCGCUGAGGGUGGGGGACACGGAGAGGCCAGAGCCUGAGCGGUCUCCUCCAAAUCGCAAACGUCCCCUCAAUGAAAAAGCCACGGAUGAUUAUCACUAUGAGAAGUUCAAGAAGAUGAACAGGCGAUACUGAUGAAUGUGGACUGAAGUCUCUGGAGUUUUUCCUAUUUUCCACCAGUAAGGGAUUUUGUGUCAAUGCCCUGCGAUGGAUGUUGGGAAGAGUCACUACCUUCAGAUGUUACCUACAAAGCUCUUCCUGCGUGAUCUUGUAGUGAAUCAGUUUGCAGGUGAUUGUGAACUCUUUGGUUCGUGUAACUUUGUAUAUAAAUACAGUCUUAUAAAUGAAGUUUUUUAAUGGAAAAUGAGCUUUCAUUUGGCAAUUUGUAGUGAGAUAACUAAGUGGCUUUUAUAGAUUUUUCUUUUCACCAUCUUAAUACUAAAAAAAAAGAGAUCCUUUAAAAGCAGCAAUGCUGUUUGCUUUGUAAAUGUAAAGGUCUUGGGAUCUUGUCUUCUUGUCCACAUGUCUUCCCCAGAAGUGCAGUGUGGGUGCUUGUAGUGAAAAUUUGUAACUUGAAAAUAGUAAAAGUGGUUUUUUAAGUUAUUGUA